AUGUCUGGUGCUCGAAACCUCUCUGCUGCCCUCCGACGGGCUCGAGUGCCUCGCCCUCGCAUUGCUCUUCGUCCUACGUGCCCCCAAACACCACUCCCGACCACCGCUGCGCGCACCUUCACCGUCAGCUCCACCGUACGAGCCGACAAGGAGAUCAAGUUCACGAGCGAUGCCUACCCCAACGUCAAGCGCAACCCCAACUUUGCCGAGCUCACCCCCGACCACGUCACAUACUUCAAGGAGCUUCUCGGCUCCCAGUCCGCCGUCAUCGACGGCGUGUCGACCGAUGCCUCCGAUGAUAUCGAACCCUUCAACAGCGAUUGGAUGCGCAAAUACCGUGGCCACACCCGACUGGUCCUCAAGCCCCAGAGCACCGAGGAGGUCAGCAAGGUCUUGAAAUACUGUAAUGAGAAGAAGCUCGCGGUUGUGCCCCAGGGUGGAAACACUGGUCUCGUCGGUGGCUCCAUCCCCGUCUUCGAUGAGAUCGUGCUCAACACUUCGCGCAUGAACAAUAUCCGCUCAUUCGACCAGGCCUCCGGUGUCCUUGUUGCUGAUGCCGGUGUCAUUCUGGAGGUGGCAGAUCAAUACCUCGCCGAACGCGAUCACCUCUUCCCCUUGGACCUGGGAGCCAAGGGAUCCUGCCACAUUGGAGGUAACGUGUCAACCAAUGCUGGUGGUCUCCGUCUGCUGCGUUACGGCAGUCUUCACGGUAGCGUGCUGGGCCUCGAGGCUGUCCUGCCGGACGGGACAAUCGUCGAUGCCCUCUCCACCCUGCGCAAGAACAACACCGGAUACGAUCUGAAGCAGCUGUUCAUUGGCUCUGAGGGAACCAUCGGUCUCAUCACUGCUGCUGUCAACGUCGCUUACUUUGGUCUGGAAAGCUUCGACCAGGUGCAACAGGCUUUCCUUCAGGCUAAGGGCCAGCUCUCUGAGAUUCUCUCCGCUUUUGAGCUUAUGGAUGGCCGCAGCCAACGUCUCGUCCAAGGUGUCACUGGUAACAAGCAGCCCAUUGAAGGUGAAUAUCCCUUCUACUGCUUGAUCGAGACUAGCGGAUCCAACGCCGAGCACGACAUGGAGAAGCUCGAGGCCUUCCUUGAGAACGUCAUGGGUGAGGGUAUCGUCGCCGAUGGUGUACUGGCCCAAGACGAGACCCAAUUCCAGGCUCUCUGGAGCUGGCGCGAGGGGAUUACGGAGUCCCUGAGCCACCUGGGCGGUACUUACAAGUACGAUGUCUCCAUCCCCUUAUCCGAGCUUUACCAGCUGGUCGAGGACUGCAAGCAACGCUUGACGGAAAAGGGCUUUGUUGGUGAUGAUGACUCCUUCCCUGUCCGUGCUGUUGUUGGCUACGGACACAUGGGUGAUUCCAACCUGCACUUGAACGUUGCCGUGCGUCGAUACGACAAGGAGGUUGAGAAGGCCAUUGAGCCUUGGGUAUACGAGUGGAUUCAGAAGCGCCAGGGCAGUAUCAGUGCUGAGCACGGUCUGGGCAUUGCCAAGCGGGAAUUCAUUGGCUACAGCCAGAAUGAUACCAUGGUGAAGCUGAUGAAGCAGUUGAAGAGCUUAUAUGACCCGAACGGCAUCAUGAACCCUUACAAGUACAUCUAG